CUAUUACGAGUGUCUUUCUGGCUGGCAUUUACGUUGACGGAAACGAGGGGCACAAAAGCUCUAAUCCACAGCCGCCCAAAUAAACAACCCACUCCGCCAUUUUCCUUUUGACUCUUCCCGUCGCGGAAACUUUUGCCUCUCCAUCUCUUUCUCUUCUUCAUUUCUCUUUUCUUUACCUCAGACUUUUCUCGUCCGUCUCUACACACCCACAUACCGCCCAUCAUGUCCUGGCAAGCUUUCGUCGACACUAGCUUGGUCGCCACCGGCCACAUCACCAAGGGCGCCAUCAUCAGCUCCGCCGGUGACAGCGCCUGGGCUUCUUCCCCUGACCUGACCAUUGCUCCCGCCGAGAUGAAGGCCAUUGCCAGCAUCGUUUCCAAGGACCAGGCUGCCAUCGACAAGGCCUACGCCGAGGGUCUUUACAUUGCCGGCGUGCGCUACGUCCUGACCAGAGUCGACGACGACAUCUACGCCCGAGCUGGCCGUGAGGGUGUUGCCAUUACUGCCGCCAAGUCCUGCAUCGUCGUCGGCCUCCACAGCGAGACCCAGGUCGCUGGAAACGCCACCUCUGUCGUCGCCGCCCUCGCAGACCACCUCAAGAAGACCGGUUACUAAAUUUAGACCAGCGAUGGGAGUGGGCGCGCGAUAAGGAACGGCGUGGGAAUCAAAAAGUUUCGAGCACUCGUGCCGGGGGGAGGACAGCGUUGGAUGAUAUAGGAGGAAUGGAGGAGUUUCCAUGGGAAUCUUUGCAAAUUAACUAGCAUGUGCUCUGAGAGGAUAGAGACAUUUCCUCAGCAGAGAAGAAAAAAACAAUAUUUUCAAGUCUCAUUUUCAAACUGUUGCGUUCUC